UCUCUAAAAUGAUCUCAUAUCAGCUCUUCACAUGAUGUUAAAAACAUGUUUUUACACAAAUGAUGUUUCUUUUUCAAUCAGAAACAUGCUCGGUGGCCAAACUCAUGGUCUUUAGCCUUGUUCUUGUGCUGUGAAGACAAUGUGACUAACAAAUACAGAAAACCUGUGUGUUCCGGAGAAGACGGAGGUUUGCAUAGACCUGGGCUUUUAACACACAAUGUAAAUGAAGAAGGGUUAAACAUCAAAAAAUGACCGAGCCUCUGAAGGAACAGCAGAAUCCUUGACCUUCAUGUGUUCACGUCACAGAAACGUGCUCGGUGGCCAAACUCAUGGUCUUUAGCCUUGUUCUUGUGCUGUGAAGACAAUGUGACUAACAAAUACAGAAAACCUGUGUGUUCCGGAGAAGACGGAGGUUUGCAUAGACCUGGGCUUUUAACACACAAUGUAAAUGAAGAAGGGUUAAACAUCAAAAAAUGACCGAGCCUCUGAAGGAACAGCAGAAUCCUCGACCUUCAUGUGUUCAUGUCACAGAUCCUCGUCUGUCAUGAAGCAGAUUAUCUUUCUCGUCGUUCUCGCCGGUGCUUUCACUGCAUCCAUCAUGCAAACAGUCCAUCAUAAAUAUUAUGUGAUCCUGACGGCGAUGACAUGGCCUGAUGCGCAGAAUUACUGCAGAGCGAAGUACAAUGACCUGGCAACCAUCGUGAGUGAUGAAGACUGGGUUAAAGUGAAGAAUGAAUUAGGAAGAAACAAUGUGAUGUCACGCUGCUGGACCGGACUCUACAACGAUAUCAACAGCUGGCGCUGGUCCUUAAACAACGUCCUGUUGAGUAAUAUUACUCUGAAGAAGUGGAACCCUGGAGAACCUGACAAUGCUGGUGGCCGUCAGUCCUGUGCUGCAAUGGAUCCAGUGGGAAACUGGUCUGAUCAGACCUGCUCAGACACAAUGGCAUUUAUAUGCUACAACUCUGGUAACACUGGUGCUGACCGCUUCAUUGGUGUCUCUAGUCCUCUGAUGAGCUGGACUGAAGCUCAGACUUACUGCAGAACAUUUCACACUGACCUGGCCAGUGCAUUCAACCAGACGGACAAUGACCUGCUACAGCAGGUGACCUCUACACAGGGUAGCUCCUGGAUGGGGCUGUUCAGGGACACAUGGAAGUGGUCAGACAGAACCAUCCCUAAUAACCUGCGCUGGCGUCCAGGACUGCCCGAUAAUUAUUAUAGAAAUGACAACUGUGGGACGGUUUAUAACGGAGUGUUCAUUGAUUUAUCGUGCUCCAGACUUUACUACUUCGUCUGUCACGGCAUUGUCUCUGUGAGGAAGCAGCAGGUGAGGCUGCAGGUGAAGUCUGCUGGAGGUGUGUUUGACUCGGCCGUGUUAGAGCUGGUGAAGCAGAAACUGGAGGAACAUGGCAUGCUGGAGAACACCACGGUGACCUGGAGGGUGCAGCCUGAUGGAAACAUCUUCCACAAGAAAAAAAAAGGAUGACCUGUAACGGCUAUAUGUUAUUUACACAUAAGUUUAAAACUCAGAUCAAUAUAAUAUCCACUGUGGUAAAAAUAAAUGCAAGAUAAAUUAACUAAUGUCUUACCUUUUCUCCUUUAAUUCUGUAUUCUGCUUUUGUUCAAGUGUAUCAUUAAUAGGAAGUGUAUAAGUGAAUAUACGCCCUGGAACUAAAUGAUAAAAUAUCUAUAGAUUUUUCCUCGCACUUUAAUUAUAUUAUAUUCUCUACCUCUUAAUACUGUAAGUUUAGCGGACCCCGUCCGAAUAACGGCAGAAACUUUUUCUGAUGUUUCUUGAAGCUUUAUUGCAUGUUUAACGCUGUGGAAAUAUCCUUUAUAACUUCAGAAAUCACCUCAAGAGCUAAACUAAGUAGAAGGAUACGCAUUAAAAGUCUGGUGUGUAAACUCUCUCUCUUCACAUUAUUAUCUGCAUACACAGCAACUUACACAAAAUAUUUGUUUUUAACUAACGAUAAACAAAUAUGUAUGUAUACCUUAUGCCUUUUCAGGGGGUGCUUAACAAUCUAGCAAACCUUGGAAACCAUGAACCGUAACAAUCAGCGUGUGCUACCUUCCAUUACUAUUGCAAUCAUCACUCCAAAAGCUGCCGUCAAAAUCAAUCUCCUCGUUUUGUAAGACAAAUUUAGCAGACCUUUUUACAUAAUUAACCCCACAAAAAUAUAGAUCAAAAAUGAUAC